UCCGGACAUCUUCAAGUUGCCAAGGUUGAGAAACACUGCCUUGAACCCAGCCAGGUCCAGGCGAGGCUGUGACAUCGCAGAGGUCUCAAAGGCCAAGGCUCCCUGGGCAGAAGUAGGCAACCUGUGCCUUCCGCUCAGAAAUAUUUUGGGCAAGGGAAGCAGAAUCAGAUUCCCCUGAUUGCAACGGAUCGGAUCGGCGUGCAGAUUUGGCCUUGCUCAGCACGAAGGAAGGAAGGAAGGAAGUCAGUUCUCCCGGUUCUUGGAAGGGGAAGCAAAGCUUUUCAAGGAAAAGGCCCUUCCCGUUCCGCUUUUUCACUCCCUUCCCUGGAAACCAAACUGCUCUUUUCUGUGGAAACUUUCCAGGCUGGGGGUACUGCAGGCGUCGUAGGCCUGUGCUGCUUUCCCCCCAGCCGCGAGAACAAAGCUUUCUGCGGGCCCAUGGAUUGACGUCCGCUUUGCCCUUGGGUAGUUUGGCUCCGGUUGUGGGCUCCGACCCCGAGGGCAUUUACCUGCUCAGCAGGGUGACCUCUGUGGACACGUGAUCUUGAGAUCACCUGCUGUUUUAAUGUGGAUUUAAUGAGUUCAGGCGUUAAGCAGAGGCUGUUCUUGGACUGCGAGGCCGUAUCGUGGGGUCACUUGGACUGGGUUAGAGAGAUCAGGAAACUUGGAGGAGAGAAAGCCCAGCCUGGCCUUCAGGGCCGGGCAGCCUUCCUCGGAAAGGGGCCUUGUAAAGGUACGCCCUGCCCCCGAAAAGGAGGGGGUGAAGCUGGGUGCCUUUAAGCCAAACUCGUGGGCAACCGCAUUUUGCCCUAGGCCCAGGGCUCCUAAGCACCUGCUCAGUAGGUAGCUGUGACUCCCAGCAAGACCUGUUUGCCAAGAGUCUUAACCGGCCCCUGUGAAUUUUGCUCCUCUGCCGUCCAACUGCUGAAAAGCCUUUUCUUUUCCCGCUCCGGAUUCUGCCCGGCGGGCAGGGGGCUCACUCAGUCCAGGAAUAGACCCCUGGCUUCCCCUCCUCAGACUUUGCUUCCCCGUGGAGGAGGAGGAGGAGGAGGAGAGGGUCCCUGGGAAGGGCUGGGGAAGGAGACGCCUCUCAAUGCACCCCAGGGGUUCAGGGGAGAAAGGGACGCUGCCCCUCCGAAUUGUGGGGUUGUGGGAUGCCUCCCCUUAGAGAAUCUACAGCCCUCGGAAGCGUCCGACUUGGGGGGCCUCCGAUAACUCUUCACCCAGCUUCUUCUGGAGCCGCCCCCGUUCCUCUUCCUCCGGGCCCUUCUGAAGCUCAGAAAGUCCCCAUCUUGAAAAGGCUCCCGAACCCACAUUCUGAUUCUCGGGCUCAGCUUCCCUAGAUUAAAUAGGAAGCUAUAUAUAUAAUUGUUGCCUUUUCAAAAUCUGUUUGCGCAAGAUUUCCAGAAGCACCGCAGCUGUUUGGGUGGGUGGGUCGAGGGGGGUGAACCACUUCUGACCAAGCACUCUCGGUGGAGGAACGUUGCUGUUGUGAAAUUGCUCCGUCAGUACAAAAGGUUUGCGGGUUGGAGUGCCGAGUCACUGCUCAUCCAGGUGUGGUGCCCUCUGGCCAUGAAUCCUACGGGUUUCCGGCAUGGGAGUUUCCACGGCGGCAGCAGCAGCGAUGAAGACCUGGUCGAAGUGGCAGGAGGAAUGCUGGAUUUCUCCAUGGCGGAUGACGUCCCCCCCUUGGACAGAGACAUGGUGGAAGGUUUUUCCUCGUACAACGGCGGUGGGAUGAACGGGCCGAGGCAGGUGAUGGACUUCCUGCAGGAGCCGCUCCCGGGCGUGGGGACCUACGAAGAUUUCAACACCAUCGACUGGGUGCGGGAGAAAUCUCGGGACCGCGACCGGCACCGAGAGAUCGCCAGUAAAAGCAAGGAGUCCACCUGGGCCUUGGUGCACAGCGUCAGUGAUGCUUUCUCGGGAUGGCUAUUGAUGCUGCUCAUCGGCUUGUGGGCAGGGGCGCUGGCCGGCCUGAUCGACAUCACUGCCCACUGGAUGACGGACCUGAAGGAGGGGGUCUGCCUGAACGGCUUCUGGUACAACCACGAGCAUUGCUGCUGGAAUUCACCCCAGACCACCUUCCAGGACAGGGACAAGUGCCCGGAGUGGAGGACCUGGGCACAGCUGCUGACCGGCAGAGAGGAGGGGGGAGCCCUGGGCUACGUCCUGAAUUACUUCCUCUACGUCCUCUGGGCGCUGCUCUUCUCCUUCCUGGCCGUCUCGCUUGUCCGGGGCUUUGCGCCCUACGCCUGUGGCUCGGGGAUCCCAGAGAUCAAAACGAUUCUCAGCGGCUUCAUCAUCCGAGGCUACCUGGGCAAGUGGACGCUGCUCAUCAAGACGGUUACCCUGGUGCUGGCCGUCUCGUCGGGCCUGAGCCUGGGCAAGGAGGGCCCCCUGGUUCACGUCGCCUGCUGCUGCGGCAACAUCCUUUGCCACCUCUUCACCAAGUACCGGAAGAACGAAGCCAAGCGCCGGGAAGUGUUGUCGGCAGCUGCGGCCGCCGGUGUAUCGGUGGCCUUUGGCGCUCCCAUUGGAGGUGUCCUGUUCAGUCUGGAAGAGGUGAGCUACUACUUCCCGCUUAAGACCCUCUGGCGCUCCUUCUUCGCCGCGCUGGUGGCGGCCUUCACCCUGCGCUCCAUCAACCCUUUCGGCAACAGCCGCCUGGUGCUCUUCUACGUGGAGUUCCACAGCCCCUGGCACCUGCUGGAGCUGGCGCCUUUCAUCCUGCUGGGCAUCUUUGGGGGCCUCUGGGGGGCCUUCUUCAUCCGCAGCAACAUCGCCUGGUGCAGGCGGCGCAAGACCACCAAGCUGGGCCGCUACCCGGUGCUGGAGGUGCUGGUGGUGACGGCGCUGACCGCCCUGCUGGCUUUCCCCAACAAGUACACCCGCAUGAGCACCAGCGAGCUGAUCUCGGAGCUCUUCAACGACUGCAGCCUCCUGGACUCCUCCCAGCUCUGCGACUACCUCAGCGCCCCCAACAGCACCCAGGGGGACGACCUGCCCGACCGGGCCGCUGGGCCGGGCCUCCACGUAGCCACCUGGCAGCUGAUGCUGGCUCUCCUGCUGAAGAUCUUCAUCACCAUCUUCACUUUCGGCAUGAAGGUGCCCUCCGGCCUCUUCAUCCCCAGCAUGGCGGUGGGGGCCAUUGCGGGCCGCUUGCUGGGCGUGGGCAUGGAGCAGCUGGCCUAUCACCAUCACGACUGGCUCAUCUUCAAGGGCUGGUGCAGCCCUGGCGCCGACUGCAUCACGCCUGGCCUCUACGCCAUGGUGGGGGCUGCCGCCUGCCUGGGCGGAGUGACACGCAUGACCGUCUCCCUGGUGGUCAUCAUGUUUGAGCUCACGGGCGGGCUGGAGUACAUCGUGCCCCUGAUGGCGGCCGCCAUGACCAGCAAGUGGGUGGCCGAUGCCAUCGGCCGGGAGGGCAUUUACGACGCCCACAUCCGCCUGAACGGCUACCCGUUUCUGGAGGCCAAGGAGGAGUUCACCCACAAGACCCUGGCCAUGGACGUCAUGCGCCCCCGGCGUAGCGACCCCGCCUUGACGGUGCUGACGCAGGACACCAUGACGGUGGAGGACGUGGAGGCCAUCAUCAACGAGACCACCUACAGCGGCUACCCCGUGGUGGUGUCCAGGGAGUCUCAGCGCCUCGUGGGCUUUGUCCUCCGGCGAGACCUGGUCAUCUCCAUUGAAAGUGCCCGGAAGAAGCAAGAAGGAAUUGUCAGCAGUUCAGUUAUUUAUUUCACGGACCACUGCCCCCCGCUGCCCCCCUGCUCCCCCUCCAUGCUCAAGCUGCGUGGAAUUCUUGACCUCAGCCCCUUCACUGUGACCGACCAAACCCCCAUGGAGAUCGUGGUGGACAUUUUCCGGAAACUGGGGUUACGCCAGUGCCUGGUCACACACAACGGGAAGUUGCUCGGCAUUAUUACUAAAAAGGACGUCCUCAAGCACAUAGCCCAAAUGGCGAAUCAGGACCCAGACUCCAUCCUAUUCAACUGAAGCCGGGAGGAGGGUCAGGGGUUUUACUCUGCCCCAUGGAACUCGGCCAGAGGGACCUGAGCUUUGCCUCCCUUCCUUGGGGGAGGGGAGGAAACCCAGAGCCACGCCUUUCAAGUUUCUCCUUGUGGAGCAAGCGAAUAAUCAUGUUUUAUUUUUAUUUCUUUUUUCUACAAGAUACCCAAUUGCACUAUUAUCCUCUUGUGGAAAGUCGUCUUCUCUCGGGAAGGGGACCCCCGAUUGUAG